AUGUCCACGCUACUUCCAUCCUCUUUCAUUUCUUCUUCUUCCAUAUCUCCGAUCACUCCCCCUCUCGCUCGCAUCUCCCUCCGUAACGCCGCCGUCAAAUGCAAUAAUGCUGUAGUCUCUUUGAACUCGGCGAACGGAAUUCCAUAUCGUUCCCCUGAACUUUCAGCUAACGGUUCAACUUCGAUUCCGAGUUUUCUUGUGGCGCCAAACACUCACAUCCAUGAUCUCGUUAACAGAAAUCGUCUUCGGAUAUUCUCCGGUACCGCCAAUCCCGCACUCGCUCAGGAAAUUGCAUGCUAUAUGGGCCUGGAUUUGGGCAAAAUUAAGAUAAAGCGUUUUGCCGAUGGUGAGAUAUAUGUCCAACUGCAAGAGAGUGUCAGAGGGUGUGAUGUGUUCCUUGUGCAGCCCACGUGUCCCCCAGCGAAUGAGAAUCUUAUGGAGCUUCUCGUAAUGAUUGAUGCCUGUAGGAGAGCUUCAGCCAAGAAUAUUACUGCAGUCAUUCCGUAUUUUGGAUAUGCUAGAGCUGAUAGAAAGACUCAAGGGCGUGAAUCAAUUGCUGCUAAGCUUGUAGCAAAUUUAAUUACAGAAGCAGGUGCAAAUCGUGUUCUUGCAUGUGACCUCCACUCUGGGCAGUCUAUGGGUUACUUCGAUAUUCCAGUUGAUCAUGUGUAUGGACAGCCUGUUAUUCUCGAUUACCUUGCCAGCAAGACUAUUUGUUCCGAUGAUUUGGUAGUUGUCUCGCCAGAUGUUGGUGGUGUAGCUAGAGCACGUGCUUUUGCCAAAAAGUUAUCUGAUGCUCCUUUAGCUAUUGUUGAUAAAAGGCGCCAUGGGCAUAAUGUUGCUGAGGUGAUGAACCUGAUAGGUGAUGUAAAGGGAAAAGUAGCAGUUAUGGUAGAUGACAUGAUUGAUACUGCUGGAACCAUCGCCAAAGGUGCAGCUCUGUUGCAUCAAGAAGGGGCAAGAGAAGUCUAUGCAUGCACUACUCAUGCUGUUUUCAGUCCUCCUGCUAUUGAGAGAUUGUCAAGCGGUUUAUUUCAAGAAGUUAUCAUAACUAAUACAAUUCCAGUUUCCGAGAAAAACUAUUUCCCCCAAUUAACUGUCUUAUCAGUGGCAAACCUUCUGGGCGAGACCAUAUGGCGUGUUCAUGAUGACUGCUCAGGUGGAAUUGAAACUUUUUCCAGUUUGGGCAUUGAUUGA